AUGGAGGAGAAUCCAGAAGGUGUUAUUGUUUCCCCAAUCAUAGUUCCCGAAAUCGUUUACACGAUCGGUAUGCAAGAUGACAGCCCAAUCGAGAACUUCCUCUACGGGGGUGGGGUGCUCAUCUAUUCAGGGGAUACCCCGUUCUAUGCUGUUGGAAAGAAGGGCGCACCCGGUCAAAAGAUUGUUCCGGGCAAUCAAGGCGUAAUGGAUGUUCUCAACUUUACGGCACAGUACAUCACAACCACCGCUGCCGCUGUCAAGCCGACACCGGAAGGUGAGAAAAUGAUUCCGAGUCUUGAACCCUUUAAUCCGAGUCGUCCGGCGCAACUGAAAGUGUUAGAAGCAGAAAAUUGUGACCCAAUCGAAGUCUAUGCUGAAGCCGGUGGCUCAGCUGACCCGGUCCUCUUUGCUUCGCCAGAUAUGAAAGGCUAUUUCGUCCAUUUCCACAUGGAAACGCUCGGUAAUAAGCCAGACGAUUAUCUUGCACAGGUUGGAUUGGAAAUCGGCGAGCUCAUUACCAAUCGGUUUGGCGAAUUGUUAGACGUUGAACCUCAAGGAAAGUUAACACACGACGUGGGGUAA